AUGAAUUGAAUUAUGCUUUAUAGAUUCUGUUGAACUAUCAUGUUAUGGACUUUUAUAAUCGUUGAAUUAUGUCAAGCAUGUUGUUCAAGUUGGUUUACAUGUAUGAGUAUUGCACAUGCAAGUUAUUAUUAUUAUUAUGCUAUAGUACAGGAUGUCUAGGAUAUGUUGAGCCUAUUAAAUAUUGCUGGAGUGCAUUGUUUAUUCUACCAAGGGGUAGAAUAUGUUUAGAGAGUCUAUGUGAAUUGAACUAAGGACAAUUCGUGCUAAGGGCACACCCCGCUUGUUAAUGGGCAAUGUCGGGUUAUCUCAAACAGUGCUUUUGAGAAGGAACAAUGGGAGUAAUUUCACUUGAGUCUAUGUUUGAUCACAAGUCCUAAAGGAUUAAAAUGAAGUGUCAUUGUUGAGUUGUUUAAUCGUUUAAUUGUUUGCAUGUUAUGUCUUGUGUAGAGUCUUGAGUCGCCUUGAUCAUAACAUACUAAUUAACGUAAAGUGUAACCCGAAUGAGCUUCAAAACUCUCGAAACGUAUAUACCUUGAGUAUGAACAAUGGGGGGAGUCUGGUCGGAGAACUUGUACUCCUUGAAUGAUACAAGACGUUGUUUCAUUCUUUUGUUUUAGGCCGUUGUGCAUUGGAAUUCUGUCGGUAUGGUCCGACUGUGGGUAGGAGUCCGACUUGUUGUUGUUUGGUGUAUGGUGGGCUCCCAUCACCCUUUUCUUUCCUUUUGAGGAUACUUUAUUUUACCCAUUCGAAGCUACUUUCUUUAUUAAACUGUGAGUCAAGAGUCGUGUCAAUUGUCGAGUCUUGUCUCCAUGUUUAUUAAAUGGCUUUUGCAUGUGGAUUAUUAAUUCGUUGAGUGAAGCAUGUUAGGAUAGAAUGUUAUUCUAGCUUGUUCGUACUCAGCUUUUGCCGACUUCGUGCUUCAUGUCUUCUGGUCAUGGCCUUUGCCUUAAUGACCCUAUGAUGAUCCAUCAAUUGCAUUUGCGUUGUUGGGGAGUAGAAUUUUAAUAAAGCAGGUUUGUAGAGAUAACUUGCGGGAGAAGUUAUCAUAGGAACUGUGUUGAGAGACUUUUUAACCUUCCGUAUUCUAUAAACUCUAUUUAUAGUCAUGGCUAUCACUACUAUUUAUAGUCAAUGGAUUUUGAAAUAUUUAAUACUUUGGUUUUGGGCCUUGAUGGUUCCAGUUUGUUUUAAUGACCAUUAACUAUUUAAUAUGUUUUGAAAGUUAGUUAAAUUCCGCUGCGUAAUUCUGGUAAAUAGCCUUAGCCGUUAUCACGGUGGCGGUAAUAUCUUGGUAAUUCAUGUGUUUUAAGUUGGAAAAUGUUUUAUAAAAAGCAAGGAAUUAUUAGGGUGUUACAUUGAUGUUGUUUGUAUUGUCAUUUUAAUCAUUCUCUUUACCCAUUCCUUGCCCCCAAAGUCCACUAUUUUGAUUCCCGACACCCCCAUGGUAUUUCCAUUCCCUUUGUCUACACCACCACUCCCACCAAAAAUGUCCCACCAACACCAUCCAACCAUUAUCACCACCCUGGUCACCACCGUCCUACCACCACCAUCUUUACUAGUGCCUCCACCGCCUCCCCACCGCCAACCGAAAAAUCAUCUCACCCACAAUAUCCAACCCUAUAAAAACAACACCAACCACCCGAAGUACCAACAAGACCACCUGAAACACCAACCCAACAACCUAAAAUACCAACCCCACUACCACAAACACCAAUCCAACAACCACAAAAAACAACCCCAGUAGCCAAAAACCACCCCAACCAACUUAUACACCAACCCCACCACUCAAAAUAACCCAACUCACCUCUAUACUAACCAUAAUUAGCCACCAGAUCUAAGAGAAAGAGGAGAGAGAAAAUAAUAUUUACCUCCAAUGGUGGAGAAAGGAGAUGGUGACGAAGGGAAGGGGAAGGGCGCAACGACCAAAGGAAGGGAGCGUCGAUGAAGGGAUGAGGAAGGAAACUAGUGUCGGAGAAGGAAAGAGGUUGCAUAAGUGGUGGUGGUGACUUUAGAAAGAGAAUGAUAUUGCUGGUGGAAAUUUUUUAAUGUUUCUAAACCAAAGAACCCAUAAAAUCAAUGACAUUAGCUUUCCUUUCUCCUCCUUUCCCUUUGUUGAUGUCAGUUCCUUUCCCUUUUUCAAACCAAACACCCCCUUACUGUAUUCCAAGGGCCCUAGACCAGAGCUUCCCCAGAGUAACGUUAUGGAGAUCGUGUUUUGGGGCUAAGUAAAGAAUAAGAUAAAAGUUCAAGUAUUCGAGAUUGUGUUCCUAAUAACAGAAUUGUAGAGAGUAAAGAGAAUAUCAUAAUAUCAUGUGUAUUGAGUAUAACUGAAUGAAAUUUGUCUUUUUCAGAGGUUCAGAAGAGAUGUAUUUAUAGUGUAAACUAGGAAGCUAUGAGUGUACAAUAGAACUCUAAAACAACUAAAAUCACCUAGCCUGCGCUAGAAAACUUAUAGCGUGAGAUUUUUGCACUGGAAAUCGUCAGAUGUGCGCUAGAGUUUGAGUUGGUUUCUGCACGAAGCUAACAAAAGCUACGCUAGAAAAUUUCUAGCGCAUAUUUUUCUACGUUGGGAUAUUUCUAGCGCAUGAAUGAUGCGUUAGAAAAAAUAGGAGCAUCAAGGGUUUUUUUCACGGCUUCUAUCGUUUUAUUUCCGAGUUUCUACCUAUCUUCACAAUUUCACUUUGUAUCAAAGACGUAUUGGGAUGCGAUUGUGACUAUAUAUGCGUUCCAGUUCAUUUUAGAUAAUUUUCUAUUUUAAGUAGUUACUAUUUUUAGUAGGUUAUGUUUUGGAUGAGUUGUUCCGUUAGCCGAGGGCCGUUAUAGGCUAAUCAUAGUGCAUUGUUGACAAGUGGGUUAUAUUUUUAUCAUCGAACUUUCCUAAUCAGGACGAGGGUCAAAUGUAUGCGUCUAUAUGUAUAUAUAUUUGGAAAAAAGACAAAAUAUUGACGUCAGAAAAAACAUGACAGCAACAUAAGUCCACCUUAUCUAAAAGUAUGUACACAAACAAUGCAGAUGUUAAGGGUUUUAGAUUAAAAUUCUUACUCCCACCUUUAAACUCUCACGAAACAAACACCAUUUAAACAUAAAAAGUGAGUUAUUUGUAAUUCUUAUGGACUUGACUGUAGACACCUAAUUCGUUUCUCCCUUAAUGGGAUAAUGACGAAACCAUUACCCUUGCUAGGUGGUUGGUACAACUCCAUGCGAAAGUCCCAAUUGCUAAGUGUAGGGGGUUUUUUUGUGUCAAAUUGCUUUUUCCCUACAAGGGGCGGUUUUUAGAAAUCUUUGUAUUUUUGGAUCUUGAAGGAGUCGCCACCAAACAUUAUUUCAGGGUCCCGUUUGGAGAGACCAAGAGUGACUCGAUUGGAUGAGGCUUUGAAUCUUCGAAACGGAUGGGUGAGAUCCGGGCACGUGAACGAGAUGCUUAUUCCGCGAGCUUUAGAAAUUAUUCAAGUACGUGGCACAACAUUUUCGAAAAUACCCUAGUUUAGACUAUGUGGGUUUGAAUUUAGGUCAAAAAAAAUUCCUACUUUGUAUGGUGGUCACUUUGCUUUAAAGUUAAUUUAAGGGAACCUAAGAUCGGUUUGUCCAAAAAAUUAUCUUUGUUAAGCGUGAUGUAACCUUGCAUUUUGUUGUAUUUAGCAUGUGCGGUGAUGAAAGCAAUAAAGCAAAUAAAGCAACAUCACAAUAGUAGAUAAGUGCGGAAGUAGUAAAUACAAGACCCCCUAGAAAUGGACUAGGGAGUAGGUCAACAUUGCCUAGAAGGACUAGGCAAGUAAAAUUGCAUAAUUGAAAAUGCGGAAUUGAAAUGCGUUAUUGAAAGUGCGGAAUUGAAAUUGCGGAAUUGAAAGUGCGUAAUUAAAAGGUGCAUAAUUAAAAUUGAAAUAUUGAAAUUUGUACUUGGGCACAUGAGAUCCGAACGCCAAACGGCUACUUAAAAAUAAGUGCGCUCGACAGGAAUUCAAAGCCAAAAAUCUCAACUUGGGAGAAGUUGCUCAUCCCAAAGUAUCCUAGAUUUUUCAUAUAGAAUUUGAACUUGAAAGUUUGAAUCUUGAAAUAUUGAACUUGAAAUACUUGAACUUGAACUUUAAAUAUUGAACUUGAACUUGAAAUAUUGAAAUCAAGAGACUUGAAUCUCAAAGAUCAGGCCUUUUAAUGUUGAAAAGGUUAGAUCUUUGAUGUGCUCUUGCUUUGAAAGGAUCCUAGUUUAGGGAAGUAGUCAUGAACAACCCUAAACAUUGUUGGAUCUUGAAAUUUGAAAACUUGAACUUGUAUAUUGAAAAAUGGAGUCUUGAAUCUCAAAGAAUAAACCUUUAAAAGUUAGAAAGGCAUCAUCUUUGAUUACUCCAUACUUGAGAAUGAUUCUAGUUCAAAGAAGUGAUUAUAAACAACUUUGAACAUCCUUGAAUCUUGAAAGUUUGCAUUUUUGUAUUUUGAAAAGUUUGGAUUUUGAAAAGAUGUAUGAUUGUUGCAAGUGACAUUUUUAAGAGUAAAAAUGCCAACUUACUAAUCAUUUUGAAAUAGAAAAUCAAGACAACAUUGAAUAGAUUCGGGUUGGGAUUCGGAAUUACCUAGUUAGGUUUAGGCAAGCUUUCCGAUUAGAACUCCCAAUUGCUUAAAGCUUGAAGAUUGUAUGGUGUUUCUGGAGGAUUUUGUAUUGAUUUUAGUAUUGAAUUUUGAGGCGCAAUUUUUGUAUUACGACGUUAUGUGUCGAUUUUGCCUCCCUAAAGCUUCUCAGAAUUAGGGGUAUUUAUAGGGGAUUUCCUGCUAAAUGCCAGUCAUUGCCAGCACAGCACACAGUUGGCAGCGCUGGGCUCUGGUGACGUGGCAGGGAUGCUGCCAAAACAAGGACGCGGGUUCCAUCCUUGCCUUGUGUUGUAUUGAUGUACCUUCGUACUAUUUGUACGAAGUUUGGCGUGUAGUGUUUGCUUGGGGCUUAAGACUUUAUUUUUCGUCUAAAAACAAGCCGUUUCGGGUUUUUGAAUUCCGAUUUCACGGGACGGGGCCCGGACCUCCCAAAAGUAAAAACGUACUACGUCGCUAAAUCUAUGCUUUUGGUAUGAAAUCUCUUAUGCGAAGCUUAUGGAGGGUGUAAAGCUAAAAAAAGAAUUCUCCUAUCGACCUACACUUUCUUUCUGGACAUUGCUCGGUUUUGUGGGUCGGCGCCCGAAUUUGACUUGCCUUAUAUGAUUUUGAGUGGAAAAGGCCUUGUAAAACCAAUGGGAUAUCCCAUUAGGUGAGAUUGUACUUGGAUUUUGAAAUUGGUUUUGGAAUUUGUAUUUUGCACCAAGUUCCGGGAUGGGAACGGACUCGGGGAUUGGACUUUGGCUCUUGGAUUUUUGAUAUGCUUUUAGCAAUUGGAAUUUCCGCACGGAUUUACUCCUACUACCUAACAAGGAUAAUGGUAUCGUCAUCAUCCCAAUGGGGAGACACAAAUUAGGUGUCUACAGAAGCCCCCGCUUUGACUGAGCUUUCGGUUAGGAAAGCGCAAGUCAAAGUACUUCGAAAGGGACGGAGAAUGAUCCAGAUGUUCUGCAAUCAAAACCACUCUUUGUACGCCGGUACCUGCACAAAACAGGCGUUAGAAAAAAGGAUAGAAUCUACCUCCGUUCGGCUGUGACGACUCCGGUUCGUACUUGUACUGCACUUCCGUCUUUGAAUUAGGACGGGGCUUGGCAUCGAAAAUUUUGAAAUUCGAAUUCUUGAAUUUUGAACUUUGAAUUUUUUGAAUACCCGGAGUUAAUCCGUUGGGGACGUGCUUCAAUGGGGACAAGAUAUUUUUACCGGCCCUUGAGAUUUUGAAAUUUCGGCUGACUUUCCUGGAGCUUGGGUCUGUUGGGAGUGAAACGCCUAAAUCGUUGUAUUUUUUGGACUUUGUAUCCUUUAAAUAUUCAUCUGUUUAUACUUGGAGACACAGGUAUAUACCUGUAUUUUCGGAAAAAUAGCACGAUUUGAUGUUUGAUGCCUGGUUCAGAAAACCGUAGCAGCAAAGGACGUGCAAUCAGCACGGGAGACCGCGCGCGCUGAACUUUCCUGCGCAUGCAGCAGGCAGCGCUGGGCGCUGAGCUCGGCGUUCGACGCGGGGCUGCGCUAUAUAAGCGCCCCUUGCCGUGCCAUUUGAAGAGCCAUCUCUUGCUUUCUUUUCUCUCUCAAAGGUCGAAUUGUCUCCCCUUGGUCUUGUUCUUGCGUUGUCCAUGUAAGUAUUUCACGUUUUGCUUAUGAAAUAACUCUCGGAUUGCAUGUAGUUUUGAAUUUCUUGUACUUGAAAUGCUUGUUGAUAUGAUGCUAGGCUUCUUAAAUCUUGCAGAAAAUUGUUUGAUAGUCAUUCAAACUUGAACUGUUGGAACCUGUAGUCUUGAAUUUUGAAAUUUGAAAUUUUCCUUGAACUUGUAUUUGCUUCGGCAUGGGUAGCCUAGGCGUUGAUGUAGAACUUGUAUACCUGCUUCGGCAUGGAUAACCUAGGCGUUGGUGUAGAAUUCUCUUUUGAAGUAGAGGACCCUGGCUUAAACUUGUACGGCCAUUGGGGAUUUUUUGAAUUUUGACUUCGUACAGGCUAGUAUAGGAUAGCCCCCAGUUUAGAAUCUUGAUGUUUUGUAUUUUGCAUGACUUAGUAUGCCUCGUCACACUCGAAGAAAGCUCGCCGAACGCUCGGUGGUUCGAGAUGCUAUGGAGGACGUUUCGGAUGAUGAAGCGGCUGCCACAAAUGUGCCGGAGGGGGGCAUGAUUCCUCGGAGUCUACCCGCUUUCGUUGGCACUGGUUGGAGUCCUUCCGAUCUAGCAUUCCGACCGGACUUUCAUUUGUCUCAGCGGCGUCGCGCUGGCUUGAUGAGUCUUGUACUGUGCUUUGAAUUUGUAUCUUGUACUUGUAUAGGUUUUGAGCUGAUUUUUUCAUCUGUAGGCCGAUGGGGAGCCGUUUCGCACCUUUUGGUCCUUGGCGGAGCUUCAUAAGGCUUUCCGAGCCAUUCGUGCUGACGAGGAGGCUAUGGAAAUCUGGUUGCAGACGGGCCUGGUUGAUUUCUGGCGUGCCAUGGGAGAUACUCUGAGGAGGACGGGGAUCAAACCCCGGCUACAGGCUUUGCUGGAGCGGUGGUGGGAUACCACCAACACUUUUCAUAUGGCAUGGGGGGAGAUCACCAUUACCCCUUUCGAGUUUGCCAUGAUUAUGGGCCUUCCCUUUUCUAAGAGGAACGCGAUUCUUGAUUCUGGGAUGAAGUGGUUCUCGAACACCGCCAGGGACUUGCUCGGCCCUGUUGCUGAUUUGGCGGAUGAUGAUACUCAUGCUUCUCGGUGAUCAUGGAUGCUAUCCGUAGUGUGGGAAUAUCUGCGGAGCAGAGGGUUUGGCUCUUCCUCUUGGCUCUAGUGAGUAGAGUGAUGGCCCCGAGCAAGAACAGCCGGGUGCACAUCGGCUUCCUGUCAGCUUUGCAGGAUUUGAGGGCUGUCUCGACCCUUAACUGGGGUGGCAUGACCUAUGGCCAUCUCUUGUAUGAGAUGAAGUGGGCUUCUCGGACUGCGCCGGGGAGCGAGCCGAGCAUCGCUGCUUUGUGGAGUGUGCUUGAGAUUUGGAUGUACGAGCAUUUCCCGACUUUGGCGCCGGAUCGUACUGGAAAUGCGGCUUACCCGUAUGCUGCCUCUUCGAUAGGAGCGGUGCGCAGGAGGGUGCCUCUGCCGGCCUCCCGCAGAGCUUGGCGGAUUCUAACCGUCAGUGAGGUGUUUUGGCGUCCUUUUGCUGACGCGCCCAUACCUGUUUCGGCCGCUCAGGUCCCAUUUCUUGUCUUUGAGGCGGGUCUUGCUCCCGGGCGUGUAUCGCCAUAUGUAGUACUUGGGGGAGCGCGUGACCCUUCAGCACAAUACGGGGGACAGGCUUGUCCCUAAGGACCCACCUGAGUCCAUGUUGGCGCCAGACGAUGAACUCGCCCAGCUCUAUUUGAAUGCUGGUGAUGCUGUUUGUCGCCAUUGGGAGAGCUUUGUAGAUAGGAGGGGUCGCUAUGAGGAUUUCUUGAAGAGGCUUGCUCCACCAGUACGCUUCAUACUGCCGGAGGAGGAGGUUGAUCCUGAGGACAUUCCCCAUGCUGAUAGGGUCAUCCGCUAUGAUAACUCGGACGGGGAACAGGUGGAGGUGACCAUUCCUGUAGCUCCUCCUCCGCACCGGAGAUCGUAUGAUGCUGCACCUGAGCAUUAUGCCGCUGCGCCUCGGGUGAGAGUGUGUCGCUGGAUGCUUUUGAUUGAUUCCUUGAAGAGGCAUUGUGCUAAGCUGACCCAGAAGCUUUCUGGCCGGGAAAGAGAGGAGCGUCGUCGAGGUCGCAGAGGUUUCGUUGACAGGGAGCCCCAGGCGGAGACUUCGUUGAGGCAGGAAGGACCGAGCUUGGAUCUGGGACAGGGGUCCAGUGCUGGUACUUUCGAGAGGCAUUCUGAUGCCGAGAGGGGAGCUGCCCCUUUUGUACAUGCUGAUCCUACCAGGCAUCCUUUUGGGGGUGCGAGCAGUUCGAGGCCUUUUGUUCCUCCUCCUCGUUGCUACUUUGGAGGGAGCGGUCCUCAGCCUUGGGGUGCGGAUGCUUGGUCUUACUGGUCGGAGAUGGAGAGGAUGCGUCAGGCUCAGAUGUUUGGGGCGCCGUACCAGUUCAUGGCGAUGUCGCCGCCUUAUCAGUACCCUUCCUCUCAGCAGGGAGUUUAUCCCUCCCCUGGCACUCUUCGUAUCUCGGAGUAGGAUCCUGGUAUCCCUGGGACGGAGCUCGAUCGGGAUCUGGAGCGCUUUUGGAGCCGAAACAGGGACAAGGAGCCUGUGGUUGACAUCACGGCUGAUGAUGACUCGGACUGACCCUGCAUGGUAGCGAGUUCCAGCUUGCCUUGGUUUGAUUUUGUAUGGAUUGGUUUGUAUUUGUAUUGAUUUGUACGGUUUGUGAUUUGAAUUUUGUAUGGUUGUAUGGUUUUGAACUUGAGUUGGUUUGAAAUUUUG